AUGGCUGUCAUGCCUUCAUUGAUCGAAGAGCUGAACGUCGGCGUGGCCCUGUUCCGAGACGUCCUGCUGAGCGUGAGCAGUGCCCAAGACGGGCCCGAGCUGAGACAGCGGAUUCGAACCCUGAGGCAACGCUGCGUGGCCGCCUGCGUGGAUGCGUCGCACUUGCUGCUUCCUCACAUACGAAGCGCCGUGUCAGACGGCAUCCCCGUGGACUCCCAGCAGCUGGUGAACUUGGUGUGCUGCACUCAGAUGCUGCUCCGCGAACUGGUCAAGUGUCGGGCGCUGCUCGUCGCCAACCGCAUGGAGAUGCGGGACUUCGCCGAACCCGCAGGUUCAGGAGUUACAGUGCUGGACAAACUGGUGCUCUGGCGACCGCCUCCGAAAGACUACCACGUGGAAGAGCUGCGAGCCAUCGACAGAGACAGGGAGAAUGUACAGACGGUCCUGGUCGAAAUGCAGGAGUUCAUGCCACACGAAACCAACUGCAAGACCCUGAUUGAGGAGGGUCUGCUCAAGUGGCGGCGCAAGGGGGGCCUCUACGGACAGCUGGGACACCACCUGUGCUGCCUGUGUAGAUCGCAACUCAGCUAG